CUUUUUUCAAAAUAAGUCAAAAAUGAUGACACAGAUUACCAAAGUAGUAGCCAGUCGAUAAUGCGCUGAUGCAAAAUGUAAAUAAUCAUUGUUUGACUUUGGCACCUGGCUUUGAGUUUGAAGACAGAAAAUUGAAGUUAAUUGAAGUUUCGCUUUUGAAGAAGGACGAAAGUUGAAACUCGAAGGUUAGAAAUUAGUGUUUAGUAAUUGACUGCAGUCAGCAAAAAGUUGCAUUCUGUAAGACGUUACAGUAGUUUUCAUUUAUUCAGAGUUAAUUUAUAAACGCUCUACCGCGGAGAAAAUUCAAAUCAUGCAGCAGCUAACAAUUUUCAUGGAUAUUGAAAGUUCUCGCUCGUAUAUCGACGAAUUAUAUUCUGCGGACGAGACGAAAAUUUUAGAGGCUCUAAUUGCGUUGAAGAAUUCAGUUAUAGGCAGUAACAGACAGAAGUCUUCGGUUAUUCAACAAGGCAUAGUACCAAGGCUGCUCCAGUUAAUGUCUGAGCAGAACUGGGAUCCUAAUAUUAGAUUAGAGGCCACUAUUACUAUUGGUUCCUUAGCAAAAGGCACAUCAGAUAAUGUUACUGCAUUAGUUGAACAAGGUGCAGCAGUGGCUCUUGUGGAGAUAUUGAAAGAUGUGCCAAUAGGAACAAAAUUGGCUGAAGCUAGCCUUUGUGCUUUAAGGAGUAUAUUCCUUAAUCCUCCUGCACCAAUAUCUGCCUUGCCAUCUGAGAUGAGACUUCUGUCACGGUUGACUCUCAAGAAAUUUGUUACAGAAAUAGCAAGAGAGGGUUCACCUACUGCGCGUGCUUGUGUAGUCCGUAUACUAUCAAUAUGGUGUGGAGGUCCUAUAGAACAGGAAGCAUUAUGUGCUGCCGGUGCUUGUAAUGCAAUAGCAGCGCUGCUGGCACCUAAAGGCACAUCACCACCACCCAUAGCAAGGGCCUUGCCAGCAUUGGAUUUGUUAGCUGCAAUGUGCUUUGAAAAUGCUAAUGUUUCUCAAGUUGCAUUGAAUACUAGGUAUGGAGACAAAACAAUUCCUGAACUUUUGACUCUCCUAGUGUCAAGAGAUAAACCUUUGCCUGUAGCGAUGGGUGCUGCCCGUUGUCUCACUUUUAUACAUAGAGCGGGAGCAAUAACAGCUGAUGAUAGCAGAGUGGUAUUUGGAGCGCUGCCAUGCCUUGCUCGACUUUGUACCAAAGAUAUGCCCGAAGACAUAAGAGCAACUGCAGCUGAAACGCUGGCGUAUUUGGCUGAAGUAGACACAUCACUCCAAAGACUAGCUGCGAUAUCAAAUCACCUCAUGAGCUCGCUAGCGGACAUAGUAAAUUGUCCGUCGCCAGCCGCAAAGCAGGGCGCAUUCAAAUGUUUCGCCUCACUCGGCGCAAACGCAGAAGAUAUAAGAAAAAGAAUAAUCGAAACGCACGGUUUAAUGGUUCAUAUUGUUAACGGAAUGAAUAAUCCCGAACCUUCGGUAAGGUUAGCGGCGGUGCGAUGUCUCCAUUCUCUAUCGAGAUCAGUCCAACAGUUGAGAACUACAUUUCAGGAUCACUCUGUCUGGCGUCCCCUGAUGCUGCUCUUAAGUGAGUCUCCGGGCACCGAACUCCUCACAGUUGGCUCUUCGACUCUCUGCAAUCUACUUCUGGAAUUCUCACCCGCCAAGGAGCCCAUGUUAGAUCAAGGCGUCGUAGAGAUGCUUUGUAACCUAACGAAGAGGCCGGAAGCGGCGCUUCGCCUAAACGGAAUAUGGGCACUUAUGAAUAUGGCUUUUCAGGCGGAACAAAAGGUGAAGCAACGAAUAUUAAGCUGUUUGGGCACAGAGCAAAUGUUCCGUCUCUUAGGUGAUAGUGAUACACGGGUUAUUAUGAAGACUUUAGGCUUAUUACGCAACUUACUGUCGACGAGGCAACAUAUCGAUGCUAUUAUGAGCGAAUUUUCUUCGCAGGUCAUGCAGGCUGUGAUAGUCGUGUUAGAAGGCUCAUAUCCGGCGGAAGUGAAGGAACAAGCGUUAUGCAUACUCGGAAAUAUUGGAGAUGGAGAGAAAGCAAAGGAUUUCAUUAUGGCCAAUGAAGAUGUUCUCAGAAAGUUGGUGGAUUAUUUGGCGCAUCCAGAGAGCAAACUCCAAGAAGCGGCCUUGUUCGUUGCCGGAAAUUUGGUCUGGAAAGGCGAAGCCGGGUGUGCGGCGAGGCAAGCGAGGCUCGCGGAGUUGGGCGUUCUUCGGGCGCUUAAACUCCUGCGACAAAGGCCGGAUGCCGCACAUCUGCAUGAUAAAGUCAAAACCGCCCUGGCACAAUUCAACGAGUUGACAUAAGCUUUAUGUUAAGAAAUUUUGUUUCUCCCUGUUACUUAGUCAUCAAGUCAGACUAGUUUUAUUUUGACCUCUAGUACCUACUUCAUUAAUAUAAACUAAACCAAUCUGAACAAUAUUCGUUCGUCUCUUUCUGACAAAUUAUGUUAACGCUAUGAUGAAAAGGGACGGUCCUAUAAUACCAAAUGUAA